CGAAGACGCACCAUUUCGCAAAAACGAAUUUUUUUUGUAACAAAUGAUCGGAGAUAAUAUUUCCCCGCCGGUCGCCUCAAUCCCAGUAGUUGAAGGAAAUGCGCAAGUGGCGAAGCCGAAGAAUCUUCUCCCGCCGCUAUCAACGGUGGCGUCUCAUUUCGGAACUAGCGGAUUGUCCGUCGCGUUGGCCACAGGCGUCACUCACCCUCUCGAUGUAUUGAAAGUAAGAUUGCAGAUGCAGCAAGUAGGCCGAAGAGGGCCUUUAAUCGGAAUGACGGGAAUCUUUCUUCAGCUAAUGAAGCAGGAAGGACCUAGGUCUUUAUACUUGGGUUUAACUCCUGCUCUCACUAGAUCAGUACUCUACGGAGGUCUCAGAUUAGGGUUAUAUGAACCCACUAAGGUUUGUUUUGAUUGGGCGUUUGGGUCUACCAAUGUCUUGGUCAAGAUAGCUUCAGGUGCAUUUGCUGGAGCGGUUUCCACUGCAUUAACCAACCCGGUUGAAGUUGUCAAGGUAAGGUUGCAGAUGAAUCCAAAAGCAGUUCCCAUUGCGGAGGUGAGAGAGAUAGUUUCUAAAGAAGGUGUAGGAGCUUUAUGGAAAGGAGUUGGUCCUGCCAUGGUUAGAGCUGCAGCAUUAACUGCCUCACAGCUUGCAACAUACGAUGAAGCCAAGCGGAUUCUUGUUCAACGAACUUCUUUGGAAGAAGGGUUUCAUCUUCAUUUGUGCUCAAGUAUGGUUGCAGGUGUAGUAAGCACUCUGAUAACCGCACCAAUUGACAUGAUUAAAACCCGCUUGAUGUUGCAGCAAGCCUCUGAAAGCGUCAGAAUCUAUAGAAACGGGUUUCAUUGCGGUUACAAGGUUAUUCGCAAAGAAGGCCCACUGGCACUUUACAAAGGAGGCUUUACGAUUUUCGCACGGCUCGGGCCACAAACAAUGAUCACGUUCAUACUCUGUGAGAAGCUAAGAUCACUCGCUGGACUUCACAAAAUGUAGCCACUGACCAGUUCGUGCCAAGUCUGUCCGUUUCCAGCUAAGUUCUACUCCAGUUGUUUUCCUCACCACCAAAUUUUUUGUUAUAGAUAUAUUUGUAGUGUUGUAAUAUGCUUCUAUUAUUUAAUUGACAAAUUGAAGGGCUUGGAAUUAUUAGAAAGAAAGGUACUUCCACGCUGGAUGUGAAGUAUGCAUUUUUUCCUUGAUUAGUAUGGAUAGACAUUGAAUUGAAAUGCAAUUAUCC